UCCAACCAAUCAGAGCGCUCUAUUGUCUGAGCGCGAACGUGCAACCAUGAGUUUGGAAAGCUGCUUUGUCCUACCCAGCAAAAGCUGGUGCUGCUGCUUGACUUUGUCUGAAUGAAGAUGGAGUUUUACUCAGACUGAUAAUUCUUCCUCUCUUCUAUAUCUGAAGUUGGAAAGAGAAGAUUUUCAGACAGCAAUCUCAAAACAACCAACACUUGAAGAUCUUAUACAGUCACUGAAAUCACUGGCACUUACAUAUCAUUGGCUGUAAACCAUAGAUCAAGAAUAUGUCUCUGGUUCAAAAGGUUUGAAACAACAAUUUGGCUGGAAAAGAACUGAGACAUACUUACCAACUGCGAGUCUUUCAGUGAAUUGAUAACCCUUCAAACAGUCUCAUACUCAAAGAAACCUCACACCAUUCAUAGUAGGAACUUACAGAGACCCAAGGCCACCCUUAAUAUGGAGAAACCAUGGAAAUGUGAUGACUGUGGGAAUGGAUUCCAUUCCCUGUCAACUCUGGAGUUUCAUCGACGUGGUCACUACAGGGAGAGGCCGUUCACCUGCACCGAAUGUGGGGAGGGAUUCCCUGAUUCGUCUGCUCUGCGGGUACACCAGCGUGAUGCCACUGCAGAGAGACCAUUCACCUGCUCUGAGUGUGACAAGACGUUCUGUGAGUAUUUCACCCUGUUGUCCCACCAGCAAGUUCACACAGGGAAGAGGCCACCUACCUGCUUGGAAUGUGGGAAAGUGUUCACGCAGGUAUCCAGCCUGCGCACGCACCAACGAGUUCACACUGGGGAGAGGCCAUAUCCCUGCUCUGAUUGUGGAAAAGAAUUCACUGUGUCAUCAGCCCUCGUGAGUCACCAACGCAUCCACACAGGGGAAAAGCCAUUCAAAUGCUCCAAGUGUGGGAAGCGAUUCAGAAAUUCAUCUGUCCUACAGGCACACAAAUUAAGUCAUACUGGGAAGAAGUCAUUCAUAUGUUCUGAGUGUGGGAAAGAAUUCACUCAGUAUUCCAGUCUGUGGAGGCACAAGAAAGUUCACAAAUUAUCACAGGAGUAGGAUCUGCUGUUAAUCUGUAUUAUUAUAUCUGCUUGAGAGCAUAUUUCAAACCCACACCUUCACCACCUAGAAGAACAAGAGCAGCAGUUACCACCUGCAAGCUCCCCUCCAUGUCACAUGCCAUUCUCAUUAACAGGCUGUUAGAAAGGGAGGAGUUGCAGACAGAAAUCUCAAAACAACCAGUACAUGAAGAUCUAAUGGAGUCACUGAAAUAACGGGGACUUGAACAUCAUAAAUCUCCACAUUGGCUGUUCCUUCAUAUCAAUGGGUCAAAAUCCUGGAACUGCAUUGUGGGUGAGCCAACACCACAAGGACUGCAGUCCCAGAAGGCAAUUCACCAUCACUUUUUCAAAGUGAACAACUCAGAUGGGCAAUGAAUUCUGACCCAGACAUUGAUACUAUACCCCAUGAAUUGAUAUCAAAAUGAGGGAAAAUCCCACUCAAGACUUAGCCAUGUUCAUUCUGACAGAAGAUGAAAUGGGGACGACUAAAGUAUUGCUCUCACCUGGACAUGCCACUCUUGCCUCUUUGCUUCCAGUAAGUCUGAUGUACUUUGAGCAUGGAACUGCAUUAUUCCCACGGAAAUGAUCCCCUGAGAAAGGGCAUUUAAUUUAUCCUGGAUAGGAAAAUAAAGUUUUCCUUACCACUCUAAUGAGAUGAGAAGUAAAUAUGUUUGUCUUUGUUCCAUUAAGUCUGUACCCAGGGCCAGGCCAAUUGACUCAAUAGGUCUCAGUCAGUAUAUAUGCUCCACAUGAACCUUCACCCUCCCCUCUUCAACUCCCCAUCAGCAGAUCCUUGUAUUCUGUAAUGUGGAAAGAUUAAAUGGGAAUAUCUCUCUGGACAUUAAUGUAAUAUUAAAGGUUAAACUACACAGUGAAUGUUCUGGAAGUUGGUGGGGACGACAGUCAGGCAGAAUGCGAAUGACUCGAACUCCAAUUACACAGUCAUUUGCUACUGAACUCCCUAUUAUCAAGUUAAACUACUGUUUAAUCUCUAUCAUAUUUUUAUAGCCAUCCCCAGCUAAUCGGGUUCACUUGCUUGAUCAUCCCCAAUGCUGAGUCCCAUCACACCUACGUUGUCUGAGGCAGAAGCAGGACCAGAACUCAUUUUCGGGGCCAAUCCAAAGCUUGGAUACAUCACACCUACGUUGUCCUCGGGAAUCACUGAGUCAGGAAAUCUUCUGCAUUAUGAUUCCCAGGUUUAGGGCAUUAGCAUUUGCAUUAUCUCCGAGGAUGAUCUCAUCCUACCAAAAUACCUGGGGUAAUA